AACUAAUUGAUUUACAUUGAACUCGGCACUUUCUACAUACGAAUAAACUCGAUAGUAGUUUAACAUUGAAACAUUUUCUGUUUUGUCUUAUAAAAACUGUCUUUACUAAACAGGAAAAUGCCUUUUUUUCGUUUAUUUUACUUGUAGUGAAAGUGCAGCAGUAAAUACGACGUCAGCUUUCGGCAGUGGCGGAUGAAAGAUGGCGGCGUCCAGUAAGCAGUAUGGGCUGAUCUUGCCCAAGAAGACCCAGUCAAAGCCAGCAGCUCUACAACGACCAUCUGUAUUUGGGGAUGACUCUGAUGAGGAGACAUCCGUUGGUGAGGCACUACAGAAGGAAGCUGCUAAGAAGAAAAUGAUGAAGCAGACUCGUCUAGAGAUGCAGAGAGCUCUGGAACAAGAUGCCAGCGUUUAUGAGUAUGACAGCAUCUAUGAUGAAAUGCAGAAAAACAAGGAAGAAUGUACAGCAAAAGUCCUCUCCGGGGCAGACAAGAAGCCAAAAUAUAUUUCAAGUUUGCUGCAGGCAGUGGAGAAAAGGAAAAAGGAGCAGGAACGUGUAAAGGAAAGAAAGAUCCAGAAGGAACGUGAGGCUGAGGGAGAACAGUUCAAAGACAAGGAUGCCUUUGUGACCUCUGCAUAUCGACAGAAGCUACUGGAGAGGCAGAUGGAAGAAGAAAAUGAGAGAAGAGAGGCAGCAAUGGAGGCGGCCCUUGAUGUUAAAAAGCAGAAGGAUCUUAGCGGAUUCUAUAGACAUUUACUGAAUCAGACUGUGGGUGAAGAGGAUCUCCCAGACAGGGGUCUAAAGAGGGAUCACCAAAGUAGAGAAGAGUUAAGUAAGGAAGAGUGCAGCAAAUCUCCACAUCAUGACAAUCAAGACAGAGACAGUGACUUUGAAAUUGACAGUGAUGAAGAAGAUGAAGGAUUGAGCACAAAAUUCAAGAGUUCUUCAGCCAGCAAAACGGAACGAAGCAAUUCUGCACGACAUUAUAGACAGAGAUCCAUGUCUUCUGAAAGUGAACCAGAUAAAAAGAAUGAAAGACACAAAACCAAAGAAAGACAUAGACAUAGAGAGAAAAAGCAUCACAAAGAUAAAGAAAGAGAAAGAGAUUACAGGGACAUAGAGAGGAAGACUGAGAAGGAAGCCAGACAUUUAGAUAGAUGUGAGGAGAGGGACAAAAUGAAAGGUGUCAGAGACUUAGACAGAAGAAGGGAAAGAGAUCGCAAAGAUUCAGAAAGGUUGAAGGAAAGUGAUGGAGGAAAAGAGUUUAGAUCUACUGAAAAAUUGAGAGAAGAUACCUCAAAAAUCUUCAGGGAUUCAGAGAGAUCAAAAGAUAAAGAAACACAGAGAAGUUCCAGAGAUUUAGACAGUCAACGGGAAAACCGAUCUCCAGAUUCAGACAAAAGAAAGGAAAGAGAAGAAAGAGACUUUGACAGAGGGAAGCAAAGGAAGGCAAGUUAUAGUGAAAACCAAAAACAGAAGGAGAGCAUAGAGCAGAAAGACCAAGAUGACCACAAAAACAAGCGCAAGGGUGAUAAGGAAGAUCAAGAUAAGGGUGAUGAUAGACUUGUGGUAAAAGAAGGAGCAGCUGCAAUAACUGAAAAUGAACAUGUUGCUAAAGAGCUUCAAACUACAUCUUCACUUGCAACUAUGGAGGACAGAAGGGAAGGUGAACCAAGUCUCAGCAAAUUUGCAAAACGUUGUAAUGAAGAAUCUGUUUUGUCAGCUCGAGAGCGCUACCUGGCAAGACAGAUGGCACGGUCAUCAACCAAAGCAUACAUUGAAAAAGAGGACGAUUAAUCGCAAUAACGGCUUAGUAAAUAGCUUGGUAAAGAUUUGCAUUCAUUAAAGUUGAAAGUUACCUUUGGGGAGAUGAAAGACUACUCUUCUGUUUUACUUUCUAAUAGACUGUGUCAAAUAUUUUGAAUUCUAACAUUUGGCACAUUCAUAAGUAACUGCCUGAAAUCACUGACUGCCUGUGUUCAUUUGAAGAUUUUUUUUCAAUUUUUGUUUAACAAGUUCAUCUUUCUUGAUUAUUCUCACCGUGUACCACAUUUAUUGGAGAAACAGGAUAAAGAAAACAUGAUUAGGGUUUCUGAAGCUAAGGUUUGAAAGUAUGCUGUAAAUGCCUCUGUAAAUGGAAAUGGCCAAACUCUACAGGUCCCAAACACCACAGCUAUAGUACAUCUUAUUUGACAGGUAGCUUUUUACUUUAGUCGUGACAGGUGCAAUGCAAGAAAUUGUCAUCAGUUUUUGUAGGGAGUUAGUUGCAACUAUAUAAGGUAACUUUUUAAAUAAACAACAUUUUGGUAUGUUA